AUGAAUCGCGAGAUUGUUUCCCUCCAUAUUGGCCAGUGCGGCUGCCAGCUUGGGAACGCCUGCUGGGAAUUGUACUGCGCGGAGCACGCCAUCACCUGUGAGGGUCAGGCCUUCGAACAACCAAGAGAAUAUGAGGUGCGUGUUGGUCGUUGGCGUAAGUUAUUUCAUCCGGAUAAAAUGAUUUCUGGCUGCGAGGAUGCGGCCAACAACUUUGCACGCGGUUACUUCACCACUGGGAAGAUGAUGCUGGGACGAGUUAUGAAUGAACUUCGAAGGACAAUGGAGAAUUGCGAUAUGCCACAGGGAGUGAUGUUCUUUCGGAGCUUGAGCGGUGGCACCGGGGCUGGGAUGGCGGCCUCCAUCCUCGAUAUGAUGAACGACUACCGUAAAGUCCCCAAAAUUGAAGUACCCGUUUACCCAUCUGCCGCAUUGUCAACUGCCGCAGUUGAGCCCUACAACAGCAUCCUGGGUGAACACUUUUCUAUGGAAGACAUUGACUUUGCUCUACUGUUGGACAAUGAGGCCAUGUCCAUCCUCUGCGGUGAUUUAACAACCAUUCGCACCAAUAUUGUGCCCUAUCCGCGCAUUCACUUCCCCCUCGCCAACUUCUCCCCCAUUGAGUCGCCUGAGAGAAUAGAGCAUGAUACUGUAUCCACUCUGGAGAUCACCCGCAGGGUCUUCGAGAAGGAGAACCAAUUAAUUAAGGUGGAUCCGUCGUCAGGCAUGUUUAUGGCAUGUACCCUGCUAUAUAGGGGUGCGGUUUCCCCCAACCAGGUCUACUCUACUCUCUCUGUCGUAAAAGAUCUGAAAGGGGUUACCUUUGUUGAUUGGUGCCCCACCGGCUUCAAGGUCGGCAUCACCCUGGAACCGCCAUCAAGCAGGCUGGAGAGUGGUUUGGCUGCGAGUAUUCGAAAUGUUGUUAUGCUGGCCAACAACACCGCAGUCUCACAGGCCUGGCAGCGGAUGGUGCACAAAUACUUCAUCCUCUACUCCAAACGGGCCUUUGUGCAUUGGUAUGUGGGAGAGGGCAUGGAGGAGAGCGAGUUCAACGAAGCCCUGGUUAAUUUGACUUCCCUUGUGAAGGACUACGAUGAAAUAGCUGCCGAUCCGUCGGAAGAGUGA